GCUGGACUGAACUUUUUAAAACCACCAACGUCAUCCAUCCACGCGCUCCGAAACCCUACUCCGCUGCGUCUGGUAAUUCAGGCGUAACAUCUCCGCAAUGGAGGAUCCCAUGGUGGCCGAUGGAGCGGCCAACGACGCCUGCGAACUUGAUUCUUCAGAGCAGGUUCAAGCUGUACCAGACGCGGCGGCGGAGCUGGUUACUAAAUCCAUAGCUCCGGUAAAAAGGGAGUUCCUUCGGCCGCCGCCUCUCAGAAAUUGCGAUAGCAACAAUAGCAAUAAAAGUGAAGAGAAGUCAGUCUCUCGAAGCGACGGCCGUCCGGCGCCGGUGCUCAAGGAGAAGAAAUCCAAGCGCCAACUAAAACGCGAGCGCCGUGAGGAACGGAAAUCUGUGCUGCAUAUUUGUCCGGAGGUAGCAAGAAGUGGUGAUGCUAAUUCAUGUCCUUACAAUGAUAGUUGUCGUUUCAGCCAUGAUUUGGAAGCUUACAAAGCUCAGAAACCAGCUGAUUUAGAUGGCAAAUGCCCUUUCAUGGGUAGUGAGGGGCCGUGCCCUUAUGGUCUGGCUUGUAGAUUUGCAGGCACGCACAUCAUUGCCAAUGGUGAAGUCAAUAAUGGUACAAUCAAUGGUGAUAAGAGAAGCAGUGAAAUGAAUGUCUUAAAAAAGGAAGUUCAGAAGCUUUUGUGGAAGAACAAAAUGAAGUUUCCCAAGGCCGAAGCUUCACUCAAGCUUCUUGGGCUUCUGGGACAAGGAAAAAACAAGAAGGUGGAGAAUAAAGGCGAUGAUACUGAAACAAUUGCCAAUGGUUCUCAAGAUGUUGCUGUCGAGGCUUGUUAUAGGGCAAACAAUGAGAUGGUCUGUCCUACUGAAGUCUUGGAACAAGAAAAACCUGACGUGGCUGAUGAACAUAGACCGCCUAAGAAGACUAAAUGCUCAGUAGAUGAAGCUUGUUCUGCAUUGCAUAAUGCAGGGCAGAUUCUCCACGAGAAAGACCAUGACAAAAUCUAUGAACAGAGUGAACAGGAAACCAUAGUUGAACAGAGUAAAAUCGAUCCGAUUGUUGAGCAAACUGAGCCCAAAAGCAUUGUUGAAAGCAUCUCUGAAGACAAUGAUAAAUGCCUGAGGUUAAACUCAAGGGAAAAGAAGCUUAUUGACUUCAGGGAAAAGCUCUAUCUUGCGCCACUGACAACUGUAGGAAAUCUACCAUUUCGCCGUGUCUGCAAGGUUCUGGGAGCUGAUGUUACGUGCGGUGAGAUGGCAAUGUGCACGAAUCUUUUGCAGGGUCAAGCUUCGGAAUGGGCUUUGCUCAGGCGUCAUUCCUCAGAGGAUUUCUUUGGCGUCCAGAUCUGUGGUGCAUAUCCAGAUACUGUUGCGAAAACUGUUGAACUUAUAGAGCAAAAUUGCUCAGUUGAUUUCAUUGAUAUCAAUAUGGGAUGCCCGAUAGAUAUCGUUGUGAAUAAAGGUGCUGGAUCUGCCCUUCUUACAAAGCCGAUGAGAAUGAGAAGUGUUGUUGAAGCCUCUUCGAAAGCCGUUGACACACCUGUGACCAUAAAGGUACGGACAGGUUAUUUUGAGGGCAAAAACCGGAUUGAUUCAUUGAUAGCAGAUAUUGGAAGCUGGGGAGCAAGUGCAGUAACCGUGCAUGGUCGUACAAGGCAGCAACGGUACAGCAAACUUGCUGAUUGGGAGUAUAUUUACCAAUGUGCAAGAACAGCCACUCCUUCAAGCUUGCAAGUCCUUGGAAACGGUGAUGUGUUUUCGUAUUUGGAUUGGAACAAGCACAGGUCUGAAUGCCCUUCGCUCGCCUCAUGUAUGAUUGGUCGAGGGGCAUUAAUCAAGCCCUGGAUAUUUACUGAAAUUAAGGAACAGAGGCACUGGGACAUUAGUUCCGGAGAGCGGCUUGAAAUUUUGAAGGAUUUCGUACGAUUUGGUCUUCAACAUUGGGGUUCUGACACAAAAGGAGUGGAGACGACCAGGCACUUCUUGCUGGAAUGGCUUAGUUACACAUGCAGAUACAUCCCAGUUGGCCUGCUAGAGGUCAUUCCCCAAGGAAUUAAUUGGCGACCCCCCUCGUAUCAUGGCCGUGACGAUCUUGAGACCUUAAUGGCUUCUGACUCUGCUGCCGAUUGGAUUAGGAUAUCAGAGAUGUUACUUGGCAAAGUGCCUUGUGGAUUCACCUUUGCUCCCAAGCACAAGUCCAAUGCCUAUGACAGGGCAGACAAUGGCUAAACAAAACAAAACACGUGGGUCUCUCUCUCUCUCUCUCUCUCUCUCUAAAAUUAAAAUCAUAUGAUAUCUAUCUUAUCUUAUCUUGAAUCCAUCCACAUUUCUGUACUUCUUCUACUACUGCUGCUGGAGCUCUGUUGUAUUACUAGUUUCUAUAAAUACCAUAGAUAAUUUUUUGGUGUUAGUUAUUUCAAAUGGUUUUUAACAAAGAGGAUGUCAGUAUGA